AUGCAUCUGCCUACUGCUUUUCUGACCACUACCUUGCUAGCCAAGUUGGCUUAUACUCAGACUCUUACCUUCGUUGCAAAUGGUGAUGAUGACAAUUGUUGGGUUCAAAUCGACAACUACCUCGGAUGUACGGGGCUUAGCGACUCUAGCAUUGGGAUUUUUGAUUCGAACAACAACUGCGUCGGUGGUGAGUACAUUAGAAGUCUUCUAGUUGAUCUCCAUACCCUCUACUAUGCAAUUGUGGCCGAACUUAAUUUUUCCUACGCAGUUGACGAACCUCAAACGCUAACGCCUGGAAUAUGCGGAAAUGCCUUUCUAUCUGUAUCGUGGAAUGACGGUAAUGGUUAUAUUGAUUUCCAAAAUGUUGGAAAUCCGGCGCAAACAUUGGAUAUUACUACUUGGGAGAUAAACCAGCCCAACGUCAUUACUGUCACCGACUUUGGGCCAUCUUCGAUUGUUGGGAGCAUGCCUGCUGUCACUGCUACGGCACUCUAG